AUGGGGAACUAUUGUUCAGGAUGUGGUUUCGAAGAAGAAAAAAAAUAAAACAAUUUGAUUCAGACAAAUGCUAUAAGUUUUGGGAUUCCAGAUAUUUUAACAGCUGAAUAAUUAGAAUAAUAAACACUUAUCAAUAAAAUAGAAUUAAGAAAGCCUAUUUAAUUGGAAAAUGGCGCAAUUUAUAUAGGUUAAUGGAGAGGAAAUAUGAGAGAAGGAUAUGGCACUUAAUAUUGGCCAGAUGGUGCUAAAUAUGAAGGGGAAUGGAAAAAUGAUAAAGCAGAAGGGUAUGGGUAUUUCACACAUUCAGAUGGUGAUGAAUUUAUGGGGUAAUGGAUUAAUGAUAAAGCGAAUGGAAAUGGAACUUAUAAACAUAAAAACGGGGCUGUUUACGAAGGAUAAUGGAAAGAUGAUUUUUAAGAUGGUUAUGGAGUCGAAACAUGGGCCGAAGGUUCAAAAUAUGAAGGAUAUUAUAAGUAAGGUAAAAAAAAUGGAAAAGGGAAAUAUUAAUGGGCAGAUGGUUCCCUAUAUGAAGGGAACUGGGAAAACAAUUUAUUACAUGGAUAUGGCGUUUAUUAAUGGAAUGACGGAAGAAAAUACGAAGGAUACUGGAAACAUAAUAAUAUGCACGAAAAAGGAAAAUAUUCAUGGUAAGAUGGAAGAUUUUAUUCUGGUGAAUAUAUGAAUGAUAAAAAACAUGGAUUUGGUAUUUAUUAAUGGAAAGAUGGAAAAAGAUAUGAAGGUUUCUGGUGGGAAGGAUAGUAGCAUGGAAAAGGAAAAUACGUAUAUACAAAUGGCGAAAUUAAAUAUGGAUUGUUUUAAAAUGGUAAAAGAAUUUAAUUUAUAAAUCAAGAUAAAUACGAAUAGUUACCUGAUUAUCCUCUUAUUAUUUCUAAUAAUUAAAAUGAAUUGAAACAAAGUGUUAUUUAAAAUGAUUUAAAUAAUAAUACUGAAAGUAUUAAUUAAAUAGAAAAACAAAGCAAUAAUUUUCUUAUGCAAUCUUCUUGCAAAAGUAAUCUUAAAAAUAGUAAAACUUCACAUAAUAAUAACUAACUUUUAAGUAUAAUUAAAUAAUGAUCA